AUGAAGCCAAACUCACCACAGUCAGCAAAGUCACAACUAGACCUGAACCCAAUAGGCCAUCCCCACCUUGGAUUUCUUCCGGGAACAGAUACAAGCUCCUGCACCAUUGCAGGAUCUGUUUUACAAUUCCAUGGACCAGCAGCCUCUUGGAUGCAGCAACCCUCCCCUGAUUUCGGCAUUAUGGACCCUGAUGCUUUCACAGCUGGGUUGCUGGGAGACCCAGCUCUAGGCAUAGUUGAAGUGGGUGACAAGUCUCUGUGGGGUGCACCAUCUGCACCUAACGCACAAGUGCACCUUGCACCUCCACCUACACAAACCACUUUUCAUUUUCCCAGUCCACCCAGUCAAUCUAUAACUCAUGACCCUGCUGGCCAACCCUCUUCUGGUCUCACACAGGAAUUUUCUGGGCAGAGCUUGGCAUUCACCCUACGUCCUGUACCAUACUUACCAGGUCAAGACCAUGUACUGCCUCCUCUCCCAGCCACAAAGAUCAUUCCACCCACUCCACUCAAGGAUGGUGGCAGUAGUCCCAAUCACACUUUAGUGAACACCACUAAUGCUCCUCCUCCUACUUCAACAAGAGAUCCCAGUCCCAUGUUAGUCUCAGGGUACUAUAAUUCUGCUGCGACCUCCUGCACUCGAUUCCCCGAAGAGAAUGAGCCAGUCACCCACCAUGAGGAACAUGUUGUGACUGGUCGCAGAUCAGAUGAUAUGAAUACAGCACUCAAGGCCAGCUUUGGAGAGAUCAAACAUUGCUUCCUCAAACAUUCAACAUCCACCACUCUCUCCAUGAAUCAGCUAAUCAAUUUAUUCCUGAAGAGUCGAGGACGCGCUGUAAAUGGCACAAAUUAUUGGAAUCUGUAUGCCAAUUAUUUCAAGAACCAUGUGCAGCAGGAGCUUCUCGAGUCUGGCUCCACUAGGUUUGGAUUUGAAGUGGCCAUUGUGCUAUGUGGUAAAGUCAUCAAUGAAGACAGAUCACUCGGUCAUUCCUACAACACACCCAGUGCUGCGGGGAUACCUGUCAAUGAAGGUGAAGUUCCUCCACCUGAAUGGCCACAUCCUGGUGCCCAACGAAUGUUCAUUGAUGGCCACACCAAUUAUGAUGAUCUUCCUUGCCUCAAGCCCAGCACUGCAACCGCAAAAGUCAAGAAGAGUGUCAAAGCUCCCAAGUCCCCUUCACCAUCCUCUGAGUCUGAAUUGGAUGACAACGAGCCAGCUGAAACCUCACCCAACAUGCAUCUCAAAGGUGCUCCUCCACCUCCACCCUUGCACCCUUUCAAGGUUGUUGCCAAGCUGAUUGCAACUACAAGCGAGGUUAUUGAACUUACAUCCGUUGAUGAUAACCUCUCGGAAGAGCCUGGCACAGAGUACGAAGAAGUGGAGCAUGGAAAGAAGAGGAAGAUCAAGUCUGCCAACACCUUGUGUGCAUCAAAGAAGAUUGCCCCAUCCACAAAGAAGACUAACACUUCGAAAGCAGGGAAGAAAGGGGUGCUGGGCAAGAAUGCAGAAUCCAAGUCCAAGUCUAAGGUGCUGUCAAUGACUUCUCCCACAAAGGGCGGACCACUGUCCCCAUUGACAGUGGAAUCAUCCAGUGAUGGUCUCCCAUCACCAGAACAUGGUCAAGCAAUGCACCUUCGAGAUGGCCUCCUUGUGGUGUCCCUCGUGCCCACACUCCUCAUGGGAAUGAGGACAAGCCUCCCCACUCUCGCGACAACAAUGGCCCUCGUGAUGGCCCUCUCCAUGACACUUGCGACCCUCUCCAAGAUGAUGAUACUUGCAUUUGUGAUGACCCUCAAGGCAGUCGUCAGCCUCCACGCAACUUUCUCAUUCAUAAACAACCCUCCUCACCACCCUUUCCAUGACCCUCAAGGUGGUCAUCAGCCUCCCCAUGACCCUUAA